CGGUGCGUCAAGCGGUUCAUUAUUUCUGUCGGCUGAUUUCUCCCCCUGCCCUGUAUCAGGGACUUGUGAAUGGCAGCCAAUCGUAGUCUCAGUCCCUUUCCUACAACCUCCCGGACAUCCACACAGAAGUGAUGCUGCCUGCGUGAAACAGCGAAACGCAGUUGAGGAACAGCGCUUUUGGAACUGCUGCAGUGAACGAACGGAUACACUUCGCCCUUAUCUCACCAACUGCAGCUUUGCUAUCGUAGGAUUUCUCCAACUGAAUAAGAACUUCGGUGGCAGAUCCGUUUGGAUUUCCAUACCAGCCCGGGGAAUUGGUAGACAGACAGCCCAGACCACACUGACAGCAGACAUCAAACGACACUGGCUCGGCCCCAAAAGCAUCCCCUUCAGAUCUGGAGCCGACUCUGGAGGAGUGACCCAGUGACCAAACCACUGACCAAAGGACACUGAUCACCUCACACCAACCACCCAGAGCGGAAGAGAGCAUCGACCACGAAAGCCGCCGCUGAAGCUUGUCCGCUGGCCUGGCAAGCCAUGUCGAGAGGCAGAACCAUCCUCCUGCUGCUUGUCGCCUGGGCGUACCUGUGUUCCCACGGGAACGGGCUGCGCUCGCUGAGGAGGAUCACGGCGGGGCGCCAGGGGGGGACGGGCUUGACGGGACAAGAUGCCAACGGGGUGCCUCUGAAGCGCUCCAAGCGUGGAUGGAUGUGGAACCAGUUCUUCCUGCUGGAGGAGUACACAGGACUGGAUCACCAGUAUGUCGGCAAGCUCCACUCGGACGGGGACCGAAGUGACGGCAGCAUACGUUACGUCCUAAGUGGCGACGGAGCCGGCACCUUGUUCGUAAUUGACGAGAACUCCGGAGACAUCCACGCCACCAAGAGGCUGGACCGGGAGGAGAAGGCUUACUACACCCUCCGGGCCAAGGCCGUCAACAGGAUCACAAACACCUCCCUGGAGGGAGAGUCCGAGUUCAUCAUUAAGAUCCAUGACAUCAACGACAACGAGCCCAAGUUCACCAAGGACCCGUACUUUGCGCAUGUACCUGAGAUGUCUCCACUGGGGACGGUGGUGAUGCAGGUGACGGCGACGGACGCCGACGAUCCCACGUACGGCAACAGCGCCAAGGUGGUCUACAGCAUCCUGCUGGGACAGCCCUACUUCUCCGUGGAGCCCAACACGGGUGUGAUCAGAACAGCCCUGCCCAACAUGGACAGGGAGACCAAGGAGAACUACGUGGUCGUGAUCCAGGCCAAAGACAUGGCUGGCCAGAUGGGGGGCUUAUCGGGGACCACCACUGUCAGCAUCACCCUGUCAGACGUCAACGAUAACCCACCGCGUUUCCCCAAAAGCUUGUACGAGUUCAAAGUUCCGGAGUCGACAGAACCAGGUUGGACCGUGGCCGUGCUCCGGGCGACGGACGCUGACAUCGGCAGGAACGCCGAGAUGAGCUACCGAAUCACCAGCAGCGACAGCCCGACCAUGUUCGACAUCUCCACCAAUAGGAGCACACAGGAGGGCGUCGUCACGCUCAGGAAGCCUCUGGACUUUGAGAAGAAGCGGACACAUACUCUGAGGAUCCAAGUGGAGAACUCCAAUCCUGACGCGGGGUUCCUGCACUACGUGGCGACCACUGACGAGGCGACGGUCAAAUUAAUCGUUGAGGACGUGGACGAGCCGCCUGCAUUCGACCGGUUGAGCUACGUCAUGGAGGUCAAAGAGGACGCGGACGCGGGUACCAUCAUCGGGUCGGUCAGCGCCGCAGACCCAGACAGCAGUCGCAGCCCUGUCAGGUACUCUAUAGAUCGUCGUACGGACAUGGACAGGGUGUUCAACGUGCAUCCGGGCAACGGCUCUGUGUUCAUGCUGAGGACUCUGGACAGAGAGGAGAAUCCCUGGCACAACAUCUCCGUCAUUGCCACUGAGUUCAACAACCCAAGGCUGAUGAGCCGCGCACCAGUCUACAUCAGAAUACUGGACGUGAAUGACAACGCCCCUACCUUCGCCACUUACUACGAGACGUUUGUUUGUGAAAAUGCCAAGGCUAACCAGAGGAUUCAGACAGUAAGUGCUACAGACGCUGAUGAGCCUGUUGGUGGACACAGGUUCUUCUUCAGUUUAGCACAUGAGGCUUCUGGGAAAGCAAACUUCACCAUCAGAGACAACAAAGACAACACGGCGGGUAUCCUGACCAGACGGAACAGCUACAACCGGCUACAGAAGAGUACCUACCUGGUUCCCGUGGUGAUCUCGGAUGGGGACUUCCCCAUGCAGAGCAGCACCAACACCCUGACUGUGAGGGUGUGUACCUGCGACCGGGAAGGGAACAUGCAGCUGUGCAACCAGGAGGCUCUGGUCCUCACAGCCGGGCUCAGCACUGGAGCCCUAAUGGCCAUCAUUAUCUGUGUCAUCAUUCUGCUCAUGAUCGUGGUGCUUUUCGCUGCCCUGAGGAGGCAGCAGAGGAAGAAGGAGCCUCUGAUCAUCUCCAAAGAGGAUGUCAGAGACAACGUUGUGAGCUACAACGACGAAGGAGGCGGAGAGGAGGACACCCAGGCCUUUGAUAUCGGCACACUGCGCAACCCAGAGGCUACGGAGGAGAGUAAACAGCGCAGGGACAUUAAGCCAGAGACCCUGCAUCCUCCUGUCCGUCGGACCAUGUUCCUCCCGCCGGCCCACAGGGACAACGCAGACGUCAGGGACUUCAUAAACCAAAGGCUCCAGGACAAUGACCAGGACCCCACGGCGCCGCCCUACGACUCCCUGGCCACCUACGCCUACGAGGGGAGCGGCUCGGUGGCCGAGUCCCUGAGCUCCCUGGGCUCCAUAACGACGGAAGGAGAGCAGGAUUAUAACUACCUGAGCGAGUGGGGACCCAGGUUUAAAAAACUAUCUGACAUGUACGGGGGAGAAGACAGCGACAGCUGCCGGGAUUCUUAACAAGAGCGUGGGAAGCUCGUAGGUGGGGAGCUAAAGGAAACCAUACCAACAAACAAGCAAACAAACAAACACUAGCUAAAGUGAACUUAACUCCCAGUGCUGGUGAAUGUGGGGAAACAGCGGAAACAAAACUAAGAGGACACAAGGCAGUAUUUGGCGGUGCUCUUUUACCGUGCUUGAUCACCGUUGAUCUUUGACCUUUAUUGAGGACCAAGGGGACAAGGCUCGGUGCAUCCUGUCAGUAUUAUUUGUCUCUCGGCAAAGCACCACGGGAACCCUGAGGAAAACUGGUUGUCAAGAAGACACUUCUUUGUAUAUGACUGUACAGUGCUCUCUGUACAGCAGGCCUCACAUACACUAUAACCCUAUAAACAAACAUACUUCUCUAUCAAAAGCUGCCUGCAAUGGAGGGAUGGACAGGAAGGUUGUCUUUGUGGAGAACUUGACAGACAGAUGCCUACAAAUUGUUUGUUGUUUCUGGAACAAAAAAAGCUGUAUAUUGUGAGAUAUAUCUUAGCUUGUGUGUGUGGGUAUCUGUAAAUCGAUACAAUCUGCUGUACAGUUUUGUUUUAUCAUAUUUCUAGCAUCACAUUCACCCCUUUAUUGCACCGGCUAUGAACUGUAUGUGCAUUGUUCUGUUGAGGCCAUAAGGAGAGACAGUGAGGUCUGACUAUAGGAAAAGUGAUAUAUUUCUAUGCGUACACUUAAAAUGGCUGCCCGUCCAACCAUUAAGGCAUCAUUGACUAGAACGGGGACACUUCUAAUCACUCCAUUUCUAUGGACUGGACAUCAUGCCUGGCUGAGUCAUUAAUGAUACCCGAUCCGCCUUUCCACAUAUUCUGCAUACCAAGUGGCAAGUUAUUCUGUUCAUAGCGUUAUACAUUUCGUACUAAGUUACAGAGGACUUUGGCCAAAAGGGUUUGGUAAUCGAUUAUGGUUGCUUUACCUCGCCACUCUCUUGCAACUCCUUGUUUCGGUUCCUGUGAGCUCAAUUGUGGUAGAAUGCCGGAGUGCAUUCUUUAUGUUACCUAAGGAUUCAGGUUUAAACUUCCUGGUUUAGUUUAGUUUGAUAAGAACUAGAAUGGCAUUUUAUUUGUCCUCCAAAGCAGACAAACAUCUUGACAUCGACUGCCCUGGGUCCUCUGGGAGUUGAAGCAGGACAUUAAUCACAAAUACAUUAUCACAAAAUAGGUAGAAAGUCAGGGUAAAAUCAUAAAAUAAUAACUGAUUGUACACUAAGUAAUAUGUGGCCAUUUGGGGAAAAGACUUUGAGGUACAGUGUGUACUCCAUCUGAUGUAAUGUCCAUUGCACUUUUACAAUAAGGUAGCCUUUAUAAUCUUUUAUAAACCAUUUAUUAAGAGUACCGUAUUGUAAAGCAUUAGUCUCAUGUCUGCUUAGUGGAUGAACAUAUGCCUAUAAAAUGCCACCACAGAGAGUUCUGGUAGCAGUGUGUGGCUUUCUAUUAACUAAAAAAGUAGUUCCCAUUGAACAUUAAUGCUUCACUCUGUUUUACUUUGAAAUGCUGAUCUUUCUUUUCAAAUGGAUACGUGAUUAAUUAGAGCAAUUGAUUGAUGGUUGACCGAUGACCAUACGUUUGUGGUCUGCACACUGAGGCAAAGUCCAGUGUCUCAGGUCUGACAUACUGGGAGGGGCGCUAUUAAAAAUAAUCGUACAUUUAAGUCUGUGAGAAAGGUCCUUUGACAUAAGAGGCACAGAAAAAUACAAUAUUUGAAUCCUGAAAUGGUUUGACAUGCAGUGUACGUAAAAUUGAGCAUUUCAAAUGAAGCGACAUCUAAAUGUCCAAGGCCAACACUGACAAAUUGAACAGUAGUAGCAUUGCAUAAAUACAUUGACCCCAAUCAUUGUUAUUUUGCACGAGUUAUGAACAAACAGCUUUGAUAUUGUUUGGCUGAUAAGAGGAGGAAUUUAUGUGGGAGCAGUCAGAGGUCAGCAGCAAAUCAAGGGGAAAAAAGCCCAGGCUUGUAUCUCAAAUGGCACCCUAUUCCCUGUCUCAAUCAGUGCACUAUAUAGGGAACAAGAUGACAUUUGGGAUUCGGUUGUGAAAAAACAGGCAGUGGCCUCUCCAUACUAAAGGCCAACUUGAGAAGACGGAUGACAUUUAUCAGGCAUUUCAAAAAUAAUAACACAACCGACAUAAUUGCCAUGACAAUGGUGAUAUUACUUUACUCUCUCCGUCUGCAGCUCUUAGAUUUCAGACAAAUCACAACUUGAUAUACUAUUCUUCUGCGAAAAAAAAAUAAUUACUUUCCAAAUUCUCGUGGAUUUAAACAAUAUUAUCAUUUGACACAGGUUGAGGUAGCCUGGACAAUCGUGAAGAAAAAAUGUAUACCACCAUAAUAUGCUGAAUUUGUAACAAGCAAGUCUAACAACCAUUUUUUUAUUAUUGGCCAUUGAGCACCCGCUGUGUAAGUAACUGUUUGAGAUUGGGAGAUGUUAUUCUGGUAAGCUUUUGGCCCUGAGGGGAAGACAUUUAGUUUAAAUCAGAAGGGAAAAAUGAGAACAGAGUUCAUUAGCCCUCCCCCUUCAAGGGGUCAAUCUGGGAUUGUUUCAUCUAUUUCCUCACUUUAAUACAGGAUGUCAGCUGUGUAAUAUCCCCAUAAAUACAUGUUUAUAUUUGUAGGGAUAUCUGAAUCUAUUGUAAUCAGAAUCAUAGCUUUUGCAUUACCAUAACUCAGUAAUCAGAUAACAAUUGCUUACUUUUCUUUUAAUAGGCUUUUGAAGACCAAAAGUUCCAUCAAACCCGAUUUCAUGAAUCAUAGUGCUUUUGGACUUUGUCAAAUAAAAAAUAAAAAAGUGUUUUGUCAAUGAAAGGUGUUAUAAAUGUUUCCGCAAACAUAUUUUCUGAAUUUAAAAGUUGUUCAAGUAAAUGUUAUCUGAUUACAAUACUUCGGGCUGGUGACGUUACAGACAAUUUGUUUUGUAGUCUCGUAGUGCCCAAACUCUGGGCGUGAGAGUGGCACAACAGCAACUGUCUUCCUUUCCACUCUGGACAAGAAACAGACUGCAAUAUACGAUGCAGUCAUCCUCUUUCUAAAGAUAUGCUAGCUAGGUUUGUUGGGUGUUGAACAUGUUGAUGUAGACAAGGUUAGCCUGAAGGUUGACUCUGUGUUGUGGGUAACUGUGACUGACCAGUCUAUGGCCGUGUCCCCAUUAUCUUCAUUUUCAGAAGUGUGCACUUGCACACUCCCUCUGAUGGAUUAAGAAGCAUAGGAACAAUGUAUUCAUUGGCCCGAGCUAGUUUCCAAGCUCAACUUCGUAAAAAAACAACUUUAGAAAAUAGCAUCCUGUUAAGGGAUGAGCCACCUCUCAAGCUACAGAUUCUGGCUCAGACAAGGCGAACAUCCUAGAAGGUAUGCAAGUGCACACUUUAGGAGGGUGGAGAACUGGGAUUCAGCCUACAUUGUGUUAGUUUGGAAUAAUUCUAUAUGAUGCAGUAGUAUAAAGGGGCUCUGUCAUGACACAGCACCCAUUCACCCAUCUGCUUUGUACAACGUGAUUUUUGUACUGAAUAUUUAUAUGACUCCACAUAAUUAAACAUCUUUAAAAUGA